AUGCCUGACAGAGUGGAAGAAGAAUCAGCACAGAAGAAUGCCGUGCUGAAGUCACUGCGUGAGCUGCAGGCCCAGUUAGCAGAACUACAGGAGGAUCUGGAGUCUGAGAAGGCAGCCCGUGCCAAGGCUGAGAAGCAGCGGCGUGACCUGGGUGAGGAGCUGGAAGCGCUGAAGACCGAACUCGAGGACACCCUGGACUCGACCGCCGCGCAGCAAGAGCUACGGUCAAAGCGGGAGCAGGAAGUGACCGAGCUGAAGAAGACCAUAGAGGAGGAAGUCAAGACCCAUGAAGCGCAAGUGAUGGAAAUGCGCCAGCGUCACACAACUGCUCUUGAGGAGGUGUCAGAGCAGCUGGAGCAGUCACGUCGG